GCAGUCGGUUGGUUCCCCAAGAAAUCUGGUUAGGCCAGGAAUUCGCAAUCGCAGAAAGAUCUUUGUCACUUUGGCGCCUUAAUUACGUGUGAUAAAAGAUUUAUACGCCCGCGAGCUCAAGUAGCUUUAUCAAAUACUCGUUCGCUACUUUAUCGCAAUGAACGACAAUAUAAAAACCGUGACGGUUUACCCAACAACAUUGGAAUUAACGACCCCAACAAAACCAGCGAAUGGCAGUAACGAUGAUUACGAUCCUCACCAGCACCGCGAACUUAAGAAUCCCACUACAAACUUUCAGACAUUUGCCCACUUCCUGAAGGCUUCCGUGGGCACUGGAGUCCUGGCCAUGCCCAGUGCCUUCGCACAUGCCGGAUAUGUGAAUGGCACCCUGCUCACACUGAUCAUUGGCUCGCUGGCCCUCUACUGCCUGCACAUUUUGAUCGAAUGCAUGUACAUCUUGUGCAAGAGGCAGCGGGUUCCCUACGUCAGCUUCUCGCAGGCCAUGAAUCUGGGACUCAAACAAGGUCCACCCUGGCUGCGUUGUUUAGCUCCCAUAUCCGUUCCCUUUGUAGAUGGCUUCCUGGCCUUUUACCACUUCGGCAUCUGCUGCGUCUAUGUGGUUUUCAUAGCGGAGAGCAUAAAGCAGCUGGUGGAUGAGUAUCUGGUGGUCUGGGAUGUGCGGAUACACAUGUGCAUCAUCAUUGUGCCACUUCUGCUGAUUUAUAGCAUCAAGAAUUUAAAGCUACUGGCGCCUUUUUCCAGUGCAGCGAAUCUCCUGCUUCUUGUGGGUUUUGGCAUCAUUUUGUACUAUAUAUUUGAGGAGUUACCUCCUUUCAGUGAACGAGAUCCUUUUGUGGCCGCCGCAAAGUUGCCUACUUUCUUCGGCACAGUACUCUUUGCACUGGAAGCAGUGGGUGUGAUUCUGGCAAUCGAGGAGAAUAUGGCCACGCCAAAAUCCUUUGUGGGCCCCUGUGGCAUUUUGAAUAGUGGCAUGUCCAUAGUGCUGGGCUUGUACGUUCUGCUCGGCUUCUUUGGCUACUGGAAAUAUGGCAAUGAGUCCGAGGGCAGCAUUACACUGAAUAUUCCGCAGAACGAGAUACCCGCUCAGGUGGUAAAGGUGUUCUUUGCCAUCACCACCUGGAUCUCAUAUGCCUUGCAGGGCUAUGUGACUGCCCACAUCCUGUGGGAUAAAUACUUGGCCAAGCGCUUCAAGGAAACCAGGCAGACAUUCUAUGAACUGCUCUUCAGGGCCUUAAUUGUGUUGCUCACUUUUGCCUGUGCGGUUGCCAUUCCGGAUCUUUCGGUCUUCCUGUCCCUGGUGGGAUCCUUUUGCCUGUCGAUCCUGGGCCUCAUCUUCCCCGUUCUACUCCAGAUCUGCGUCCAGUACACCGAGGGCUACGGACCCUUCCGGAUAAAAUUGAUCAUCAAUCUGCUGCUCUUGGGCUUUGGCAUCUUUGGCGGAGUUGUGGGCACCUAUGUGAGCAUUGUGGACAUCAUUGCGGUGUACAAGUAAACUUCGAAUUCGAUGCGGCUCAAUAAACUGUGCAUUAAUUUA